UUAAAGUAAAGGCUAAAGGCUGUGUAGAGAAGACGCCCUCGUAUUUCCCUCUUCAACUCUGUCGACCAAAUGUUUCAGUCCACCAGCAGCGGCAAUGCCAGCGGAGGCGGCGCUGGACUAGGCGGCGAUGCCGCAUUCCACAAUGGCUUCCUCCACGGAGACGGCGCUCAAUUGACUCGAACUCGCCCGCGCAGGGGCACCCGCCGCAGGCAACAUGACCAAGGCGGCGCCGCUUCCGACCCUAGGGUUUCCCAGCUGCAGGAGCACCACGAUACGGAGCGGCCUCCUCGUCCUUGUACGGACUUCGAUGUCGCCUAUUUCAACUCCUACGCUCACCUUGGCAUUCACGAAGAGAUGAUCAAGGACCGCACACGUACAGAUACAUACAAAAAUGCAAUAUUUCAGCAUCAAGAUCAAAUUGCAGGAAAAGUUGUUCUUGAUGUUGGUUGUGGCACCGGAAUUCUCUCUAUAUUUUGUGCCCAGGCUGGAGCAAAGCGGGUGUAUGCAGUUGAUGCCAGUAAUAUUGCAAUUCAGGCAAAUGAAGUAAUCAAGGCUAACAACUUGUCUGACACAGUUAUUGUAUUGCAUGGACGAGUUGAGGAUGUCGAGAUUGAUGAGAAAGUUGAUGUAAUUGUUUCUGAAUGGAUGGGCUACAUGCUUCUUUAUGAGAGCAUGCUGGGGAGUGUUAUUACUGCCAGAGACCGAUGGUUGAAACCUGGAGGUCUAAUCCUUCCAUCAUACGCCACGUUGUACAUGGCCCCUGUCUCUUAUCCAGAACGAUAUAGUGAAAGUGUUGAUUUUUGGCGCAAUGUCUAUGGAAUUGACAUGUCUGCAAUGAUGCCAUUAGCAAAGCAGUGUGCGUUUGAAGAGCCGUCUGUUGAGAUGAUCAGUGGUGAAAAUGUAUUGACAUGGCCUCAUGUGGUAAAGCAUGUUGAUUGUUCGACCCUUACAAUUGAGGAGCUACAGACUGUUUCAACAAGAUUUACAUUCAAAUCAAUGAUGCGAGCACCAUUUCAUGGGUUUGCUUUCUGGUUUGAUGUGGAGUUUGGUACUUCUUCGGUAAACACUUCCAAGAGCAACAAUGCACAACUUGCACUUCUUGCGGCUCCAGAUGAUACAGCUACGGAAACUGAUAAAACAAAGAAGCGAGCCAAUCCCAGUGAAGGGCUUGUGCUGUCUACCGCUCCUGAGGCUCCCCCAACACAUUGGCAACAGACGUUGAUCUACUUCUAUGAGCCGAUAGAGGUGGAGCAAGAUCAGGUGAUUGAAGGUUCUGUAACACUGACACAAAGCUUGGAAAAUGCCCGGUUCAUGAAUGUUCAUCUAGAGUACUCAUCUGGUGGUCGUUCUUUCGUGAAAGAAUCAGUAAUGCGAUGAUUGAGGCCCAGUCUUUAUGAGCUGAUUGACUUGACUGACAUCCAUUUGAGGAGUCUUGGAUGGUUUGAAAGGUGGCUUUGUGGUGCAUAUUGCACAAGCUAGAGAAAAAGGGGAUAUUGAUGGUAGAGGUAGAGAAGAGAGAAGAGAUAUAUAGGGUUUGUGUCCAACAAUUAAAGAUGGGACCUCUAGAUUUGCUCCUUGUUGUACUUUCUUUUUAUGACUUUUAAAUGGCUAGCUUAGCUACGCUCGUGUACCAUUAGCAACACUUGAAACUUUUGGAAUUUUUGCAAUUUGCUAAA